AUGCUGGGGCCGAGGUCCACCCAAAACCCCGCCAAGCACUCGGGGAAAACGCGCCUCCUGGGCCCGCCCCCCGACUUCCGGCGCCGUACCCACUUCCUCCGGAAGUCGCCGGGGGCCGCUCUCUGCGCUCCACUCGUUGGUGGCGAGGUCGCCCAGCCGGUAGCCAGGGAGCCCUGGGCUGUGGAGUCGACGCGCGAAACCCGUUUGGAGGUUAUGGACGUUAAGCCCGAGCCUGGAACCCUGAGUGAGAAUUCGGAAGUUCUCUUCUCCUUUGGAGUGAUAGCAGAUAUCCAAUACGCUGAUUUAGAAGAUGGCUAUAACUUCCAAGGAAACAGACGGAGAUACUACAGACACAGUCUGCUUCACCUACGGGGUGCUAUUGAACACUGGAAUACGGAGGACCGCCCGCCCCGCUGCGUGCUUCAGCUGGGAGAUAUCAUUGACGGAUAUAAUGCGCAAUACAAAGUGUCCGAAAAGUCGCUCGAACUUGUUAUGAACACUUUCCAGAUGCUCAAAGUCCCCGUUCAUCACACGUGGGGGAACCACGAGUUCUAUAACUUCAGCAGAAACUACCUAACAAAUUCUAAACUUAACACAAAGUUUCUAGAAGACCGGAUUGUGCAUGAUCCCAAGACUGUGCCUUCGGAGGAUUACUAUGCUUAUCACUUUGUCCCCUUCCCCCAGUUCCGGUUCAUUUUACUGGAUGCUUACGACCUGAGCGUCUUAGGCGUGGAUCAGUCCUCUCCGAAAUACCAGCAGUGUCUGAAGAUACUGAGGGAACACAAUCCAAACUCGGAGUUGAAUAGUCCGCAAGGACUCUCUGAGCCCCAGUUUGUCCAGUUUAAUGGAGGAUUCAGCCAAGACCAGCUGAACUGGUUGAAUGAAGUUCUCACAUUCUCUGACACAAACCAGGAAAAGGUGGUGAUUGUGAAGCAUUGUCACAAGAUAUGAAAACUGCGUCUUGUACGGCGAGCGAUCUCAGAACGGCUUAGCAACCUCAGCUGAAACUGUCACCCGGUUUGUAAGGAACAUGCAGUUAAUUAUCGUGUCUCGUAGUGAGGGUAUAUCAGGUGCGUGAAAAGGUCACCGAGGUGGGUCCUCCUUGUCGUGAGACAGAUCCCUCGCGGUGGGGUUCACCCCGGGAGGAAGGGUUAGAAUUUGUCUGUUGGGAGAUCCUUGCAAUGGUCUUCACAAGGAGGCAUAAUUCCUCAAUAAAAAAAAAAAAAAAAAAAAAUCCCAUGUGGGUUUCCCAGGAAAGAAAACACGGUCUUGUUAGCUAUAUGGUCGUGACAUUGGUACAAUUGCUAAACAAAGCCGGGUUUAGUGAACCCACCAGUGAUAAGUGUUUGAGUCCCGUGACAGUCGUAGGGAAAAUUCAGGGGUGAUAACAAGGAAUCAAGUGUUGGGUCUGAGAAUAAGACUUGAGUCUAAUGCCAGGUCUCCUGCCACUGGUUUGGGAACAUCGAUUCAAAAUUUUCCUCAUUAAGCCUUCAUUUCUUUACCUGUGAAACAGGUGAGACUUUGAAAGUUGUGUCUUGGGCUCCUGCCCGGAGCUGGUGGUCAGUGAGUGCAAGGAGGUAUAGACAUCACAGUUUUUUAAUAAAAUGCAGGAAUUAGGGGCAUCAGGAUGGCUCAGGAGGUAGAGGGUCCAACUCUUGGUUUGGGCUCUGGGAUCGUGGAAUGGAGCCUGGAGUCUGCUCCGGGCUCCGUGCAGAGUCUGCUUGACCCUCUCCCUCUGCUUCCUCCCCUCCCGUACCCCGCUCCCCCUUUUUCUCUCUCUCUAAAAUAAAUUUUUAAAAAAUCUAAAAAAUAAAUAAAAUGCA